AAUAUUUCCCAUUGUUGUUUAUUAAAUUUGGUUUGGUAAUUCGCGAUCACGAAUGUGAUCGAUAUUGCGAGAUGUGUCAGUAACUGCUGCGCACUGAUAACCAGUUGUUUGCGAUAUAAUUCGGUAGCGUGUCGUGUUUGAAAUCGUUAGAUGGCUUUCGCAAACGGAAACGAUUUUGCCGAAAAUCUGAUCGAUGGUCUGUCGGCAAAAGAACUGGUGGAUUCGGGAAAUGGGAUUACAUACAGCGAUCUGAUUAUUCUACCGGGUUACAUCGAUUUCGUCCCUCAAGAAGUGGAAUUAAAGUGCAGACUAACCAAAAGGAUAUGCCUGAACGCUCCGCUAGCAUCAUCUCCGAUGGAUACCGUAACCGAAUCUGACAUGGCUGUAGCGCUGGCACUUUCCGGCGGUAUAGGAAUCAUCCAUCACAACUGCUUGCCCGAGUACCAAGCUAGCGAGGUGCAGAAAGUCAAAAAGUACAAGCACGGGUUCAUAAGGGAUCCCAUAGUGUUAAGCCCGAACGACACCAUCGCUGACGUGUUGCAGAUCAAAGAAAGGUACGGCUUCUGCGGAAUUCCCAUAACCGAAAACGGAAAAUUGGGCGGAAAACUUGUGGGUAUGGUCACGUCGAGGGAUAUCGAUUUUUUGGACAAGUCUCGCGAGCUGACGUUAGAUAAAAUUAUGACCAAGUUAGAGGAUCUCGUCACCGCGCCUUCGGGGAUUAAAUUGAGCGACGCGAACGCCAUCCUGCAGAAAAACAAGAAAGGUAAAUUGCCGAUCGUGAGCGCUAGCGGUAAUUUGGACGCGCUCAUAGCGAGGACCGACUUGAAAAAGGCUAAAAACUAUCCCUUAUCGGCAAAGGAUGACAAUAAACAGCUGCUCGUCGGAGCUGCUAUUUCCACGAGGGAGGAAGACAAGCAUAGGUUGGGUCUUUUGGUGCAGGCGGGCGUGGACGUAAUCGUAUUGGAUUCCUCGCAAGGGAAUUCCGUUUACCAAGUGGAUAUGAUCAAGUUCAUUAAGCGCACUUAUCCGCAGUUGGAUGUCAUUGCCGGCAACGUGGUCACCAAGAAGCAAGCCAAAAACUUGAUAGACGCUGGCGCCGACGGUUUAAGGGUCGGAAUGGGUAGCGGGAGUAUAUGCAUUACACAAGAGGUUAUGGCAGUGGGUAGGGCCCAAGUGACAGCAGUAUAUAAAGUAGCUGAAUACGCUGCCAAACACGGAGUGCCAGUGAUAGCAGACGGUGGAAUAUCCUCGAUCGGUCACAUCAUCAAGGCGUUGUCGUUGGGAGCGUCCGCAGUCAUGAUGGGUUCGAUGCUGGCCGGAACCACGGAAGCACCGGGAGAGUACUUCUACGCGGACGGAGUGCGAUUGAAGAAAUACAGAGGUAUGGGCAGCAUUGAAGCAAUGACAAGGGCAGACAACAAAGGGUCGGCCAUGAGCAGAUACUUCCACAAUGAAUCUGAUCAGUUGAAGGUGGCUCAAGGUGUCAGCGGAAGUAUCGCGGACAAAGGCUCCGUUAUGAAUUACAUUCCGUAUUUGAUAACGGGGAUUAAACACGGACUUCAAGAUAUCGGAGCGAGAUCUUUGAAACAACUCAAGGAGAUGAUGGAGCGCGAAGAACUACGAUUCGAAUUACGAUCUCAUUCGGCGCAGCAGGAGGGCAACGUCCACGGCUUGUUUUCGUACGAGAAAAGGUUAUACUGAGCCUUGGCAGUUGGGGCGAGCUUUUAAUAAAAUAUUUCGUAAUGAAAUUGUGUCACUGUUGGUCAUUUACCUACGAAAACGACGGGUUUUGGAAUAACAAACGGGGAAAUAACACUACGCAAAGUUGAAGGAAUAAUAACAAAAUUGAUAAGCACCCGAUAACAUAAAUAAGGGGUUAAUCAAUUAAUUUUGCAGCAGGGAUAUUGGCACAUACAAAAUUAAGUAUUCCAAAUUUCCUUGCAUUCCGAUUCGAUUUCAAACAUAGACUCUAAAUCGAGAAUUUUAAACUGUUCCAACGGAGAACUUUUGAAUCCCUCAUUCUUUAUCCACUUUCUUUUCGAUGACUUUUAUAAAUUUUAUACGAAAAUAUGUAUGUUGAUCAACAGACUUUGCACGGUAGGUCGAUAUAAAUUAGAAUUGACAUUAAAUCAUUCAAUUUAGGUACUUUUUCUACUGCCGCACAGUCGAACGACGUUAUGGGAACAGAGGGACAUGAGGUUUUUUAAUUGAAACUUUUAAUCUGGAAAAACUAGAAAUGAGUUAUAUUGUACAAAGGUCUUAAAUUUAAAAAAAAUAGUUACUUUACAUGAUAUAAACCAUAUACAGGGCAACCCAAAAAUAUGGUGCGAUUUACAAACACCUAUUUUUUUUAUAUGCAUAUAACUUUGCUUAAAUGUCAUCUAAAUUUUUGGUCUUGAAUUUUUUGAAAAGAAUUGAACGCUCCAAUUUUAUUAUAAUUUUUUUUUUAUAAAACAGCAAAAAACUAGACAGAGUGUUCAACAAAAAUGAGUCUUUGACAAUUGCUUUUUACUCAAAUAUUUGUGUACAAUUUUCAUAAUUUUAGUCAUUCUUGGAAAAGCCAGUAGCUAUUUCAACAUUAAAAAAUUUUAACUUCCGACAUUUCAUAAACAAUUAAGAUGACUGAUAAUUUCUGCAGUUACAUCUCGAAUAAAAUAUAUUGAUAUUCAGUUAAUUUUGCGGUGACUAGAGUACAAAAAUGCAAAAAGAUAUCAAAACCAAUGAAACCUAACCAAACUAAUCCAAAUUAUUAAAAAGUAUCUCCACAGAUAAACUUAUUUUCUGUUAAUCAAGGCUUCAAAAUACUAAAUAUAUAAAUGUGUUUUCCAUAACUGAUCUCAGCUAAACGAAAGUUGAGCCUCAUUAUACGGAGUGUCCAAAUUGCCAUGGGCCACUAUGGCUAUCUCAAAUGUUCCUUACGAAUUUUUUGUAAAAAUUAUAGUUUUUGAGAUUUCGAAAAACCCCCAUAGCUCGGUACAAAAUAUAUUUUUUUUUUAAUGUGAAACCAGAUGUUUAAUAUACCCCAAAAAAUGUACAUUUUAUCUCAUUUAACCAACAUUGUGGUUCUUAUAGUUCUUAGUCCUUAUAGUAAUGCAACGCCCUCGGCAAAGUUUGCACCAUACCUAUUUUGAGAUAAUUUUGUGAAAAAAUUGUUGUAAAAUGCCUAAUAAAAAAAAUUGCUUUGAAAAAAUAUCUAUGCUCAACUUUUGUUAAUUCCAUAGUUAUCUUAAAUUGAGAUUAUUGGUAAAGUGAAUAUCAAAUUUUCUAAAUACAAAAACUUGUAUGUAUUUGGAUGUAUUUUUACCUAAUUUGUUCAUUUCAUAAUUGUAUUUCUUUUUAAAAAGACGAUCUAUUUAUGUAAAAAUUUCAAAAACCCAUUAAUCAGUAUUAGGUAAUCACACAACAAAAAUAUUUGCUAAGUCAACAUUUUAUACUAGAUAUUUUUUUAUAUUUAUAAUUAAACACACGUGUAGCCAAAUUUAACGCAUAACCCAAAAUUAGAAUAAAAUGAUAAUAAUUGUGUGAAUUUAAUUCUAAAAAUAUAAAGAAAAUUUUUUGGUCCAUGUCUC